AUGGACAGUACGCGACUUGGAAAAGAGGAAGAUAGAUGCCCUAGAGAUGUGGUGCUGGAGAAUGAUGCUCGGGAUAUCAUGGACAAUUGGACAGAAUUCCGUACCAAUGUGUCGAUACUCCAGAAGCUCGGUGUCACUCAACAUUUAUCAACCGUAGUACAGUCGCGCAUACUGCAAUACUUCGGACAUGUCUCGAGGCGGGAUGACAACUCCAUAGAACGACAGGUCGUCCAAGGAAAAGUCGAAGGAACCCGAUCGCGUGGCAGGUCACCAAUGCGCUGGACCGACAAAGUGAAAUCAACAGUGGGAGACGGCGUAUGUGACUGCACCAGACAGUCUGCCAAUAGAGAGAGAUGGAGGGAGAUCGUGCGGAGAGUUGUAGCCGCCUCUACAACCGAAGUGAACGUGACCACGAAUGCUCUGCCAAGAGCGUAA